UAGCAUAUCAAGAGGAGUGGGACUUUCUUCUCGAAAUUAGGUUUUCUUGCUUCUCUAACCCGAAACCCUAAUUCCUUCGUUUGUCUUUGUUUCAUAGCAUAUAUCAAGAGAACAGAAUUUUCUACUCGAAAUCAGGUUUUCUUGCUUCUGUAACUCAAACCCCUAAGCCCUAAUUUUGUGAAAUUCAAUCAUGAAUAAUCGUUCUGAUAACAGAUUCAAUGAUCCCAACUCUUACCGCGAUAGAAGAAGCGGCCUAAUGCCUCCAGCAGCGGGGCCACAGCAACAUACGUCUUACUUUCCUCCUCCCGCGAAUACGGCUCCUGUUGGAUAUCUACCCUAUGGAGGAGGAUAUUCUUCUGGAAGAGGAGCUGGUAGUUCAAGUUGUCAUCAUCAUUCUGGUGGGAGAGGAGGAUUUGAGACAGGUAGAGGUGGUGGUAGUGGAGGAAGAGGAAGAUUCUUGGACAGAGAAGACAGAGGCAGUGGACGAGGUUAUGGGACGGGUGGUGGUGUUAGAGGGUUUGAUUUUGGCCGUGGAGGUGGCAGAGGUGGUGGUGAAAGGACUAGAGAAGAAUUGAAUAAUGCUGCUCCUUUAAAUCCUGUAGAGAAAAACCUCUACAUAGAGAGUCCUUCUGUCCAAGCAAUGUCUGAUUAUGAAGUUGUAAGCUAUCGUUCAAGGCGUGAUAUUACAGUGGAAGGACACGAUGUUCCUAAACCUAUACGGUCUUUUCAGGAGGCAAAUAUUCCAAGUUUCUGUCUCGACGUGAUACACAGAUUGGGUUUUGCUGAGCCAACACCUAUUCAGUCUCAAGGAUGGCCAAUGGCUUUUAAGGGUAGAGAUUUCAUUGGUAUCGCAGAGACUGGUUCAGGGAAAACUCUGGCAUAUAUGGUUCCUGGAAUUGUUCAUGUUAGCGGACAGCCUCGAUUGAAACAAGGCGAUGGUCCUGUUGUGCUGGUCCUAGCACCUACCAGAGAGUUGGCUGUUCAAAUUCAAGAGGAAACUUCAAAAUUUAUAGGAAAGUCGCAUAUCGGAAGUACAUGCAUAUAUGGUGGUGCACCAAAAGGACAACAAAUCAGAGCUCUUCGAACAGGAGUUGAGAUUGUAAUCGCAACACCAGGGCGGCUAAUUGAUAUGCUGGAUUCUGGCCAUACAAAUUUGAACAGAGUAACAUACCUUGUGCUGGAUGAGGCUGACCGCAUGUUGGACAUGGGAUUUGAGCCUCAGAUCAGGCAAAUAGUUUCUCAGAUGCGAACUGAUAGACAGACGCUAUACUGGAGCGCUACAUGGCCUAAAGAGGUGGAGAAGUUAGCAAAACAGUUCUUGUGUAAUCCCUACAAGGUGAUUAUUGGAUCGCUGGAUUUGAAAGCCAAUAUGUCGAUAACACAAGUUGUUGAUGUUGUCACAGAUAUGGAGAAGUACAGUAGGUUGAUGAAGCUUUUACAGGAGCAGAUGGAUGGAAGCCGGAUUUUGAUAUUCUUAGAAACCAAAAAAGGAUGUGACCAGGUCACCAGAAAGUUGAGGAUGGAUGGAUGGCCAGCUUUAUCUAUCCAUGGUGAUAAAAGCCAAGAAGAAAGGGACUUUGUAUUGGCUGAGUUCAAAAGUGGCAGGAGUCUUAUAAUGACUGCUACUGAUGUAGCUGCACGUGGUCUUGAUGUGAAAGACAUAAAAUGUGUGAUCAAUUAUGAUUUUCCGAAAUGCCUCGAGGAUUAUAUUCACAGAAUUGGUCGAACAGGGCGUGCUGGUGCCAAGGGUAAAGCUUUCACCUUUCUUACAGAUAAAAAUGCUAAGAUUGCCAAGGAGCUCACUAAGAUUCUACGAGAAGCCGGGCAAGUGGUGAGCCCAUCAUUAGCUGCCUUGGCACGAUCAAGUUACGCCAGUUACUCUGGUGGAGGUUCAGCGCGUAGCUUCCGACAAGUGGGUAGAGGUGGUCACUCGUUUGGCAAUCGAUCGGGUUCAAAUACUACCCCUUUAGGGACAAAGAGGAAGUGGUAAUUUCCAUUCUGUGUAGAAUUUGGACGGUAACUCAAACAUCUCGUGUCAGUAGCCAAAUAUUUAGAAAAUCCAAGUUGUAAGACUUCAAAAAAUAUGCACAAGUAAAUUUGAUCCUUACUGGGACCUUAUAAUCAAGGUGUUUGGUAAUUUCAUUAUGUUAAAGAAGGUGUUUAGUAAAUGUUGAUCCUGAGGCUUCUCAGUAGGAACCAGGAAAAUGUGGAUUCCACAUAAACGGAAGUUUGUAUGGGUAACAUAUUCCAAAGCAUGUUAAAGAAGGCACUAACUUUAUGUUUGUAA